UAUUGGAAUGUGUUGUCAUAAAUAAACAAUCAUGGCGGACGAAAAUGAAAUAUCUUUGUUGUCAAAACUUGAAAGUAUCAAGGAUAUAAGGGCUAAAACAAUUCAUCUAGAUCGAGUAAAAGGGAAACUCCUCCAAGAGAUCAGCUCUACGGAGAAUGAGGAGAAAUGUCUAACAGACUACAAGCAGGAGAUGGAACUUCUCCUUCAAGAGAAAAUGGCACAUGUUGAAGAGCUGAGACAGAUACAUGCAGACAUUAACACAAUGGAAGCUACGAUAAAGCAGGCCGAAGAGGAGAGAAAUCGUGCAGCUGAUAGUGCGAAACAUCUUUACGACGAGUACAAACCACUAAAAGCUCAUGUAGAUAAACUCAGGGAAAACAUAGGACUUGAGAAAACACAUGACAUCGAAGAUGAGGAAACAAAAUUAAAUUCAGAGUAUUUUGAGAAACAAAAGACAGAAUGGCAGAGUGAGCAACAAACCCAUGUUGAGCCUCCACAGCCUUUAUCUGUGUCUAAUGUUAGUACAGCCCAGAUUCCUGUCCCACGGAACAAGCCAGAGAGACAGGGAUUCAGGCAGCAACCUCCACCUAUGAAGGCGUGUCUUUCGUGUCAUCAACAGAUCCAUCGUAAUGCACCUAUCUGCCCUCUUUGCAAGGCUAAAAGCAGAUCACGCAAUCCCAAGAAACCUAAGCGCAAGUUGGAUGAAUGAUGGGAAGAAAACUUAUGUAAUUAGUCAAUAUAGAGCCCAUUAUUAAACAUGGGUAAUUGUGGUCAUGGAAUAUCUUGCCUAACUAUUCACCAGUGAGAUAAUAUAUUAAAGGAUGAAUGUCCAUAUAUGGAUAUAGAGGGACUUCUAAGCAGUUAUAUGUCAGCCAGUGAGAAUCCUGUUCUUAAGGAUGAAUGCCC